CAGAGGGAGGCACAGAGAGUGAAAACAGGAGAAUGUGUAGGCUGUCCUUAAUGUUCACUAAGUGACUUUAGACUAAAGACAUUCAAAUGAAACAUCCUUUUUAAUAAGCACAUUUUUAAUAGCAGUUUAUGAUUUCUUUGCCAUGGCUAGACCACAUCACGUUUAUACAAGCAGCAGACUUGUCGUUUUUGUUCUCGUCCUACUUGUAGAUGCACAAGAUCCUGUUGAUUCAUGUGUCUCUAACAUCAACCUUCGGAAGAACACUGUGUAUGUGGUCUCCAGUGGAAGCAUGUUAAACAUCUCCUGCCCAGUGUCAUACUGUAAAGACGUUCCUACUGUAAAAUGGAUUAAAAUUGAUCAUACAAACAACUUUAUAGUGAUCAGUGAAACAAAUCAAAUAACAAUAACUCAAAUACAAAAAGAGCCUAAGACCAUUAUUUCAUAUUUGAGCAUCAGGAACGUAUCAAAAAUUGAACAAGGCUUUUACAGAUGUAUGAUUUCUUACUCAAACUUUUCAUCAGAAAGCCACAACAUUAUCGUCAAUGUUUCAGAAAAAGAAACGAAAGCUGGGAUUGGUGUGCAGGCAACAUACAUCAGCUGGUUUCUGUACAUCUUCAUCUGUGUAGGAAUUCUCAGCCUGGUCAUGGUCGUGAUGUUGUCCUCUCUCCUGUGCAUCAAUCAAUGUUCAAGAAAAUCUAACAGCCACAGACAAAAUGAAUACACACAAGAUAUGAGGAAUCGAAGCAAGAGUAAUGAUGUAUUACGGGAGAUUGUGUAUGCCACACUUCAACACCCCGCACCCAGGGAAGAGUCUGCAGUCUGGCAUGUAUCAACAGAGCAGCUGGUGGAGUACGCGUCCAUCCAGAUCGCCUAACAACCUCAGGAACAUUUUGGGAGCAUUUCAGGACUUCUGUGAGCAGAGCAGUGCAGACUGUACAGUCAGUUUAGAGCCUUGCAAAUUCUUGACACUCAAGAAUUUGAAGCUAGUCACAUACUCCGCUUCAGUCCCAUCAGUGUAGAUUGAGUCUGUGGCCAUUCUUAGUUCGCCAUCCACAAUCAGCUUCUUGGUUUUGUGCAAGAUUGUUGUUGGCACACCACACUGCCAGGUGUUGAGCCUUUUCUCUGUAGGCCCUUUCGUUGUUGUUGCUGAUUAGUCCUAUCAUCAUGGUGUUAACUGCAAACUUGAUUAUGGGCUGAGAUCUGUUUUCUUUAAAGCUGUGUAAAUACAAAAGCAAAAGCACUAUUAUUCUGAGUGGAAAAAUAUUAAAACUUGUUUUGAAAUUUUUUAUAUUUA